AUGGACAAAUCCGUGGGGCUCUGUUUUUCUAUGGCUCCCCUGUUUUUAUUUCUCGGCAUUUUCCUCCUUCCACAGGCAUUUGCCAGCCAUGAUUAUGGCCAAGCUCUCAGUAAGAGCCUUCUUUUCUUCGAGGCUCAGAGAUCUGGGUACUAUGACGCCGGGGACAAUGUGAAAUUCGGGCUGCCGAUGGCCUUCACCGUUACCAUGAUGUCGUGGAGCAUAAUUGAGUACGGGAGGCAGAUGGCGGCCGGCGGCGAGCUUGGGCACGCUCUCGACGCCGUCAAGUGGGGCACUGACUAUUUCAUCAAAGCUCAUCCCGAGCCCAAUGUUCUCUAUGGAGAGGUGGGAGAUGGUAACACGGACCACUACUGCUGGCAGAGACCGGAGGACAUGACCACAUUGAGAGCCGCUUAUAAGAUCGACCCGAGCCACCCGGGAUCUGACCUCGCCGGCGAGACCGCCGCCGCCAUGGCCGCAGCGUCAAUCGUCUUCCGCAGUUACAACCCUUCCUAUGCGGCGGAGCUUCUCAAACACGCUUCCCAGCUCUUUGAUUUCGCGGACAAGUACAGGGGCAAAUAUGACAAUAGCAUCACGGUUGCCCAGAAGUACUACCGAUCAGUCAGUGGGUACACAGAUGAAUUGUUGUGGGCAGCUGCAUGGUUAUACAAGGCAACAAACAACGAAUACUACUUGAAUUACCUUGGGAACAAUGGUGAUGCCCUUGGAGGAACUGCUUGGGCCAUGACUGAAUUUGGUUGGGAUGUUAAAUAUGCUGGGGUCCAAACUUUGGUUGCUAAGUUCUUGAUGGCAGGGAAAGCUGGUAGGCACACCCCAGUUUUCCAAAGGUACCGAGAAAAGGCAGAGUUCUUCAUGUGCUCGUGUCUCGGCAAGGGGACCCGCAAUGCCCAGAAGACGCCAGGUGGACUAAUCUUCAGACAGAGAUGGAACAACAUGCAGUUCGUGACGAGUGCCUCAUUCCUCAUGACUGUCUACUCCGACUACCUAACCUCCGCCCGCCAAUCUCUUAGGUGCGCCAAUGGCAACGUCUCCCCCAACGAGCUCCUAUCCUUCGCUCAAUCCCAGGUGGAUUACAUACUUGGGGACAACCCACGGGCGACGAGUUACAUGGUGGGGUACGGGAAUAAUUACCCGAGACAGGUCCACCACAGGGCAGCUUCCAUUGUGUCCUACAAGGUGAACCCCUCGUUCGUGACUUGCAGGGGAGGGUACGCCACCUGGUACAGCCGCAAGGCGAGUGACCCUAACCUGCUGACGGGCGCAAUAGUUGGCGGGCCCGAUGCUUACGAUAAUUUUGCCGAUGAGAGGGACAAUUACGAGCAAACCGAGCCCGCCACAUAUAACAAUGCCCCGCUAAUUGGUAUAUUGGCGAGGCUUCACGCGGGUCAUGCCGGAUACAAUCAGCUUCUGCCAGUGGAGCUACCUGCGCUUAAACCGAUUGCGACUAAUCCAACACCGGAAUCAAAGCCUGUGAUUAAACCAGCUCCAGCUUCUGCCUCGGGCAGCCCGGUUGUUGUUACUCAGAAGGUCACGAGCUCCUGGGUGCUGAACGGGAGAACUUACUACAGAUACAGAACAACAAUCACAAACAAAUCCUCCAAAGAUUUGAGAAACUUAAAGCUCGACAUUUCUAACCUGUAUGGUCCACUGUGGGGACUCACCAAGUCUGGUAACUCCUACUUCUUCCCAUCAUGGGCUAACUCAUUGCCUGCCGGUAAAAGCAUCGAGUUUGUGUACAUCCAUGCAGCCUCCCCUGCAAAGGUCUCAGUGUCGAGCUACAAUCUCGUCUAAAUAUGCGAAGGGAAUAAGCUAUUUGUCGUUAUUCACUUCAAGGUCAAGCAUUGUGCAGCUACAUACAAGUUUACAUUCCGAAAGGCCUCUCUUUGUCUGGAAAAUGUUUCUCUUAAGUUUCGAUUCCGUGUUUGAUUUAUGAGAUGCGUUUAUUAGGAUGAAAGUUAUGGUAAAUAUAAGGUCGAGAAAGGAUGGAGAAAGGAGUGAAGAGACGAUAUGGAAGCUAAGUGCUCAUCCUCUUUCUUCUCUUUCACCUACCGAAUAUUAGGAUCGUAGAGUGAGAGAAUGGCUGAAUGGAGGGUGAGAAAAGUCGAGAGGAGACAUCUCAAAACUAUUUAAACUUUUUUUUUUUUCUUUUUACUUCUUGUUUGUACUUGGUCAGAGCAUGUUUGAGUUUGAUUUCUCGUGUUUGAUGUUGUUGCCUUUACAACAUGUCUUUAUUUCGAAUAUGAAUACAGUUUGCGUGAAGGUGUUUGGAUUAAUAGCAACUUCUUAUGUUUUCUUGCAUCCAAAUUUGUUGCUCAAGUUACUUUUCAUACUCUCUUAUCAGAAGAGUUCUGCUUCCGUCUUUGUGAUUGAGGUCCUGUCUUCCAUUUCUUAUUUAGAUUCUAACUGAUACGAGAUUUCUUAUAUCCAUAUAGUUUGUAUUCAUAAGUUACGCUGCAAUUUUCUUAAUGUGUAUGUAACUUGUACCCAUAUGAGUGUAGUCAAAAGUUUAGCUACUCAUUCACUCUCUUGGUCUUGGAAAGGGAAGUUGAAUUUUAGCCAAGACAUUGGUUGAUUUUCAUGUUCUAGUGAUGUUUUUUAUGCCAA